CGAGUUCCUGGGAGGUCCCGGCGGCGCGGCGACCCCAUGGCGGACCCCGGGGCCGAGUCGGAGCCCCUGCUGAGCGGGGCCCGCGGCGGCGGCGGCGGCGGCCGCGACUGCCCGGCGGGCUCACCUGGCUGCCGCGGCGUCCCGGUCGGCCCUGGCGCUGAGGCCAGGCGAGCUCUGUGCUUCGACCAGGCUGUGGUCUUCAUCGAAGAUGCCAUCCAGUAUCGCUCCAUUCACCACCGCGUGGACUCCAGUUCGCUGCGGCUUUACCGAUGGUACUACUCGGAUGCAUGCCAGUGGAUCUUGAGCCUCACCAUUUUCUUGAUCCUGUUUUUGGCUUUCAUCGAGACCCCCUCCUCGCUCACUCGCACCGCAGACGUCCGCUACCGCUCGGCCCCCUGGCAGCCGCCCUGUGGCCUGACUGAGAGCAUCGAGCUGCUCUGCCUGCUGGUCUUCGUGGCCGACGUCUCCGUGAAGAGCUACCUGGUCGGGUGGGCCGAGUUCUGGAAGAACCUCUGGCUGCAGGCCUACCUCCUGGUGCUGGUGGUCUCUCUCCUGGACUGGACCGUGUCGCUGAGUCUCGUCUGUCAGGAGCCCCUGCGGGUCCGCCGGCUCCUCCGCCCCUUCUUCCUGAUGCAGAACUCCUCCAUGAUGAAGAAGACGCUCAAGUGCCUCAGGCGCUCGCUGCCCGAGAUGGCCAGUGUCCUGCUGCUGCUGGCGCUCCACCUGUGUCUCUUCACCAUGUUUGGGAUGCUGCUGUUCACAGGAGAGAAGAAGGACGACGGGCAGGCCCAGGAGAGGCUGACGUACUUCCGCAACCUGCCGGAGGCCCUGACGUCGCUCCUCGUGCUGCUGACCACAGCCAACAACCCCGACGUGAUGAUCCCUGCGUACUCCAAGCACCGGGCCUAUGCCAUCUUCUUCGUCGUCUUCACCCUGAUCGGAAGCUUGUUUCUGAUGAACCUGCUGACUGCCAUCAUCUACAACCAGUUCCGGGGCUACCUGAUGAAGUCUCUCCAGACCUCGCUGCUCCGGAGGCGGCUGGGGACGUGGGCCGCGUACCAGGUCCUCUGCUCCCUGUCGGCAGAGGGUGGCGCCGCUGCCCAGGGGGUCGGGGUCAAGGCCCAGGACGUCCUGCAGGUGCUUCACAAAGUCCAGCUGGCCGGCAGCCACAAGCAGGCCAUCGUGGAGAAGCUGCGUUCCUAUGGGGGCGACAUGAUGUCUGCUGACGAGUUUCAGAAACUCUUCCAUGAGUUUGACAAAAGGGUGAUUAAACAGCACCCGCCGCGGCCCGAGUACCGGUCUCCGUUUCUGCGGAGUGCCCAGUUCCUCUUCAGCCACCGCUACUUUGACUACCUGGGGAACCUUGUCGCCCUUGGGAACCUCGUGUCCAUUUGUGUGUUCCUGGUGAGAGAUGCAGAUGUGCUGCCCGGCGACCGUGACGACUUCGUCCUGGGGAUUCUCAACUGCAUCUUCAUCCUGUACUACCUGCUGGAGAUGCUGCUCAAGCUGUUUGCCCUGGGCCUGCGCGGCUAUCUCGUCUUCCUCAGCAACGUGUUCGACGGGCUCCUCACUAUUGUCCUGCUGGUUUUGGAGAUCUCCACUCUGGCUGUGUACCGAUUCCCACACCCGGGCUGGAAGCCGGAGAUGCUGGGCCUGCUGUCGCUGUGGGACAUGACCCGGCUGGUGAACAUGCUCAUCGUGUUCCGAUUCCUGCGCAUCAUCCCGAGCAUGAAGCUGAUGGCGGUGGUGGCCAGUACCAUCCUGGACCUGAUCAAAAACAUGCGGGCCUUUGGCGGGAUCCUGGUGGUGGUGUACUACGUCUUUGCCAUCAUCGGCAUCAGCCUGUUCCGAGGCGUCGUCGUGGCUCCUGGGAACAGCAGCCUGGCCCUGGACAACGGCUCGGCGCCCUGCGGGAGCUUUGAGCAGCUGGAGUACUGGCCCAACAACUUCGACGACUUUGCCGCCGCCCUGAUCACUCUGUGGGACGUGAUGGUGGUGAACAACUGGCAGGUGUUCCUGGACGCCUAUCGGCGCUACGCGGGCCCGUGGUCCAAGGUCUAUUUUGUGCUGUGGUGGCUGGUGUCGUCCGUCAUCUGGGUCAACCUGUUUCUGGCCCUGAUUCUGGAGAACUUCCUCCACAAGUGGGACCGCCGCAGUCACCUGCAGUCCCUCGCCGGAGACCCGGAGGCCCCCUAUCAGAUGACUGUGGAGCUGUUGUUCAGGGACGUCCUGGAGGAGCCGACGGAGGAGGAGCUGCUGGCGGAGCUGAGCCACCACCCGCACCUGCGGCUGCGCCGGUGACGCCGGGCCCCUUCCUGGCUGCGGCUUCAGGACCGACGCCGGGGGUCGUGGGAAGGGGCGGGCUGCAAUCCCGGGGCCAGAGCCACUCCGUCCGCCCCGAGGCUGGGACAGGACACAGGUCCGGUUCCCUGCGGGCGGAACCGCCACCAGCUUCUCCGCGGCGUCUCAGAAGGGCUGCCGGUGCCUCAGGUGGCGUCCUCGCCACUUUCUUGUGUCAGCUGCUUUCUGGGACUUUCACUUUUGAAACAUGGGAUGAGGGUGACUCCAUGGGGACCUUGAAGACAUCGUGAAGAGCCAGAAGCAGCGGCGUCCCCUCGUGCCCUGCGAUUUCUGUGGUGCCUUCGCUGCUGGCGGCCUUCAGGGACCAGGGGCCCGCGUGGGGCCUGCACAGGCUGACCGGCAGCUUUCCUGAGCACGAAGUUUGGGAUCUUGGCGGUUUUACCUGAAGAGAAUCUUGGCUGUUUUAUUAUUUUAUGUGUUGUAUGAAUGUGGUCGAGUGUGUUUCUUGAUGGGUCAGGAUGCCAAUAAUUUUGAACAAUAGUCUUGCAAAGAA